AUUGAGUAGAGGGGUAUUUGAGAGGGGGUUUUUUCAUUUUUGUCUGUUUAUUUAUUUAUUUAUUUAUUCAUUUAUUCCGUUUCUAUGAUUUUGAGGAUUUAACGCAGAGUGGUUUGAUUUUUCGGUUGUGAUUUAUCUAACGCUUUGGAGGAGUGGGAAACUAAAGGAAGAAAGAGGAAAAUUCGAGCCGCCGCGCAUCAGAUCAAGAUUAAGAUUAAGAUCAAAAUGUCACGACAUCAACACCAUUACUCAAGAAACGAGAAAUCGUAUUCUUCUCCUCAUCCUCGUUCUCGACAUGAUUCUCGUCAUGAAAGCCGCCACGAAAGUCGACAUGAAAAAAAGAAAAUCACUACGAAGAAUUUAGCAGCGACGUUGGGAAUGAUGGGGUUAGCAAUCGGAGCAACAUUGUUGGUAGAAGGAGGACCGUGGAAAAGUCGCAUGGCGGCUGCAGCAACAGUGGUGGGGAUGGAACAGAUGCUUGAAAAUGGGGAUUUUGAUGAGGAGGAGAACGGAUAGAGAUAGGGAUGUGGAUGGGAGGAGAGAGAUAUUGGUGAAAGGAUGGCUGAGAAUAGACGUGAGAGGGAUGGGAGAGAUAAAGAGUCGCGUUAUGAAAGACGACGAAUAUCGAUGAAUGAUAAAGAAGAGAUAUCGAAAAAGGAGAGAGAAGAAUAGGAGGAACAUAAAUAUCAUGGAACAACAAGACGAGAACGAGAUACCCAUGAAGAUGAACGACGACAUUGGGAACGAGAACGGGAACGGAGGGCUAGACGAGAAGCAAAUAGACGUUUUGAUGAACAGUAUGAGAUUGAAGAGGUUUUGGUUUGAUGGUGUGGAUUUGUUAGGAUUGCUUUGGUCAGGUUUGGUUUACUUAUUGGGGAUGUUUUAUUUGGGGCAAGAUUGGAUAUGGAGGAAGAUUGGAUAUGGAGGAAGAUUGGAUAUGGAGGAAGAUUGGAUAUGGAGGAAUGGAGGGAUAUUUUACGGAGGGUUUUUGAUUCAAGUGGAUACGGACGGGACAUGUCGGCGACUGCAAUGCGGCCAUGGAGCCAUGGUAGUUAGGGGAGUCAUAAACAUGCUCACCUCUCCUACCCACUACUGAAGUAGAAAUGGGAUGGGAAAUAAAUACGAGAUUACGACUUAUGGUAGGAACGAAGAGUGAGCAUCAGGUCAUAAGUUACUUAGUUAAUGAGCGCUAGUGGACAAAAAGUUAAACAACAUAACACCUAU